UUCAUGGGGGCAGAAGGGAAGCAGCGGCUGUGGGACCAGAUCAGGGUCCAGUCUGCUUGGAAGAUGUCACCAUUCGUUUCACGGACGAGGAGUGGGCAUUGUUGGAUCCUGACCAGAGAGCUCUGCAUAAGGACGUCAUGGAGGAGACUCGUGGGAUCGUGGCCUCUCUUGAUUAUGAUGAAAUCAAGAACAAAGGUGACCACGAUAAAAUCCCCAGAGAGGAAAAGCCACGUGAAAAUUUGGAGUGUGCAGAAAGCUGCAGUCAGCGCUCCCAUUCCACUUCCCAUCAACAAAAUAUCCUUGGAAAGAAACUCUAUCAGUGUGUGGAAUGUGGAAAGAGCUUCAGUUCGAGCUCGGAUCUCACUAAGCAUCAGAGAAUUCAUACAGGGGAGAAACCCUAUCAGUGCAUGGAAUGUGGAAAGAGCUUCAUUCAGGGCUCCUCUCUCACUAGGCAUCAGAGAAUUCAUACAGGGGAGAAACCCUAUCAGUGCGUGGAAUGUGGAAAGAGCUUCAGUAGGAGCACCGAUCUCACUUCCCAUCAGAGAAUUCAUACAGGGGAGAAACCAUAUCAGUUUGCGGAAUGUGGAAAGAGCUUCAGUCAGAGCUCCAAACUCACUUCCCAUCAAAGAAUUCAUACUGGGGAGAAACCCUAUCAGUGUGUGGAAUGUGGAAAGAGCUUCACUUAUAGCUCCAAACUCACUUCGCAUCAAAGAAUUCAUACAGGGGAGAAACCCUAUCAGUGUGUGGAAUGUGGAAAGAGCUUCAGUCAGAGCUCCUCUCUCACUUCCCAUCAAAGAAUUCAUACUGGGGAGAAACCCUAUCAGUGUGUGGAAUGUGGAAAUAGCUUCAGUACAAGCUCCUCUCUCACUUCCCAUCAAAGAAUUCAUACAGGGGAGAAACCCUAUCAGUGUGUGGAAUGUGGAAAGAGCUUCAGGAAGAGCUCCUCUCUCACUUCCCAUCAAAGAAUUCAUACUGGGGAGAAACCCUAUCAGUGUGUGGAAUGUGGAAAGAGCUUCACUGAAAGCUCCACUCUCACUUCGCAUCAAAGAAUUCAUACUGAGGAGAAACCCUAUCAGUGUGUGGAAUGUGGAAAGAGCUUCACUGAAAGCUCCUCUCUCACUUCCCAUCAAAGAAUUCAUACAGGGGAGAAACCCUAUCAGUGUGUGGAAUGUGGAAAGAGCUUCAGUAAGAGCUCCUAUCUCACUUCGCAUCAAAGAAUUCAUACUGGGGAGAAACCCUAUCAGUGUGUGGAAUGUGGAAAGAGCUUCACUGAAAGCUCCUCUCUCACUUCGCAUCAAAGAAUUCAUACAGGGGAGAAACCCUAUCAGUGUGUGGAAUGUGGAAAGAGCUUCACUCAUAGCUCCCACCUCACUUCCCAUCAAAGAAUUCAUACAGGGGAGAAACCCUAUCAGUGUGUGGAAUGUGGAAAGAGCUUCAGUCAGAGCUCCAAUCUCACUUUGCAUCAAAGAAUUCAUACAGGGGAGAAACCCUAUCAGUGUGUGGAAUGUGGAAAGAGCUUCAGGAAGAAGGACCAACUCACUUCCCAUCAAAGAAUUCAUACUGGGGAGAAACCCUAUCAGUGUGUGGAAUGUGGAAAGAGCUUCACUGAUAGCUCCUCUCUCACUUCCCAUAGAAGAAUUCAUACAGGGGAGAAACCCUAUCAGUGUGUGGAAUGUGGAAAGAGCUUCAGUCACAGCCACAAUCUCACUUCCCAUCAAAGAAUUCAUACAGGGGAGAAACCCUAUCAGUGUGUGGAAUGUGGAAAGAGCUUCAGUCAGAGCGCUGAUCUCACUUCCCAUCAAAGAAUUCAUACAGGGGAGAAACCCUAUCAGUGUGUGGAAUGUGGAAAGGGCUUCAGUCACAGCUACAGUCUCACUUUCCAUCAGAGAAUUCAUACAGGGGAGAAACCCUAUCAGUGUGUGGAAUGUGGAAAGAGCUUCAGUACGAACUCGGAUCUCACUAAGCAUCAGAGAAUUCAUUCAGGGGAGAAACCCUAUCAGUGUGUGGAAUGUGGAAAGAGCUUCAGUACGAACUCGGAUCUCACUAAGCAUCAGAGAAUUCAUUCAGGGGAGAAACCCUAUCAGUGUGUGGAAUGUGGAAAGAGCUUCAGUCAGAGCUUCUCUCUCACUUCGCAUCAAAGAAUUCAUACUGGGGAGAAGCCCUAUCAGUGUGUGGAAUGUGGAAAGAGCUUCACUGAAAGCUCCAAUCUCACUUCGCAUCAAAGAAUUCAUACUGGGGAGAAACCAUAUCAGUGUGUGGAAUGUGGAAAGAGCUUCACUCACAGCUCCAAUCUCACUUCCCAUCAAAUAAUUCAUACAGGGGAGAAAACAUAUUAGUGUGUGGAAUGUGGAAAGAGCUUCUGGAGGAGCUCCAAUCUCACUUUCCAUCAAAGAAUCUAUACAAAGGAGAAGCCACGUGAAAAUUUGGAGUGUGGAGAAAGCCGCAGUCAGCGCUCCCAUUCCACUUCCCAUCAACAAAAUAUCCUUGGAAAGAAACUCUAUCAGUGUGUGGAAUGUGGAAAGAGCUUCAGGAAGAGCUCCUCUCUCACUUCCCAUCAAAAAAUUCAUACUGGGGCGAAACCCUAUCAGUGUGUGGAAUGUGGAAAGAGCUUCACUGAAGGCUCCUCUCUCACUUCCCAUCAAAGAAUUCAUGCAGGGGAGAAACGCUAUCGGUGUGUGGAAUGUGGAAAGAGCUUCAGGAAGAGCUCCUCUCUCACUUCCCAUCAAAGAAUUCAUACAGGGGAGAAACCCUAUCAGUGUGUGGAAUGUGGAAAGAGCUUCAGUCAGAGCUCCGAUCUCACUUCCCAUCAAAGAAUUCAUACAGGGGAGAAACCCUAUCAGUGUGUGGAAUGUGGAAAGAGCUUCAGUCACAGCCACAAUCUCACUUCCCAUCAAAGAAUUCAUACAGGGGAGAAGCCCUAUCAGUGUGUGGAAUGUGGAAAGAGCUUCAGUCAGAGCUCCGAUCUCACUUCCCAUCAAAGAAUUCAUACAGGGGAGAAACCCUAUCAGUGUGUGGAAUGUGGAAAGAGCUUCAGUCAGAGCUCCGAUCUCACUUCCCAUCAAAGAAUUCAUACAGGGGAGAAACCCUAUCAGUGUGUGGAAUGUGGAAAGAGCUUCAGUCAGAGCUCCAACCUCACUUCCCAUCAAAGAAUUCAUACAGGGGAGAAACCCUAUCAGUGUGUGGAAUGUGGAAAGAGCUUCUCACAGCCACAGAAUCUCACUUCCCAUAGAAGAAUUCAUACAGGGGAGAAACCCUAUCAGUGUGUGGAAUGUGGAAAGAGCUUCAGGACAGAGGCCUCUCUCACUUCCCAUCAAAGAAUUCAUACAGGGGAGAAACCCUAUCAGUGUGUGGAAUGUGGAAAGAGCUUCACUGAAAGCUCCAAACUCACAUCCCAUCAAAGAAUUCAUACAGGGGAGAAACCCUAUCAGUGUGUGGAAUGUGGAAAGAGCUUCAGUCAUAGCUCCUCUCUCACUUUCCAUCAAAGAAUUCAUACAGGGGAGAAACCCUAUCAGUGUGUGGAAUGUGGAAAGAGCUUCAGUCACAGCUACAGUCUCACUUUCCAUCAGAGAAUUCAUACAGGGGAGAAACCCUAUCAGUGUGUGGAAUGUGGAAAGAGCUUCACUGAAAGCUCCAAACUCACUUCCCAUCAACGAAUUCAUACAGGGGAGAAACCCUAUCAGUGUGUGGAAUGUGGAAAGAGCUUCACUCAUAGCUCCUCUCUCACUUUCCACCAAAGAAUUCAUACAGGGGAGAAACCCUAUCAGUGUGUGGAAUGUGGAAAGAGCUUCAGUAGGAGCACCGAACUCACUUCCCAUCAAAGAAUUCAUACAGGGGAGAAACCCUAUCAGUGUGUGGAAUGUGGAAAGAGCUUCAGGAAUUCUAUUGUACUUUGGGUGCAUCAGAGAAUUCAUACAGGAGACAAACCCUAUCAGUGCAUGGAAUGUGGAAAGAGCUUUCGUUGGAGCUCCCAUCUCACUUACCAUCAGAGAAGUCAUACAGGUGAGAAACCCUAUCAGUGUGGGGAAUGUGGAAAGAGCUUCAGUCGGAGCUCCCAUCUCACUAACCAUCAGAGAAUUCAUACAGGGGAGAAACCCUAUCAGUGUGGGGAAUGUGGAAAGAGCUUCAGUCACAGCCAUGAUCUCACUUCCCAUCAAAGAAUUCAUACAGGGGAGAAACCCUAUCAGUGUGGGGAAUGUGGAAAGAGCUUCAGUCACAGCCAAAGUAUGAAUUACCAUCAAAGAAUUCAUACAGGGGAGAAACCCUAUCAGUGCAUGGAAUGUGGAAAGAGCUUCAGUCACAGCCAAAGUCUGAAUUCCCAUCAAAGAAUUCAUACAGGGGAGAAACCCUAUCAGUGUGGGGAAUGUGGAAAGAAAUUCAUUACAAGCUCCAGUCUCACUAAGCAUCAGAGAAUUCAUACAGGGGAGAAACCCUAUCAGUGUGGGGAAUGUGGAAAUAGCUUCAGGAAGAGCUCAGAUCUCACUUCCCAUCAGAGAAUUCAUACAGGGGAGAAACCCUAUCAGUGUGGGGAAUGUGGAAAGAGCUUCAGGAAGAGCUCGGAUCUCACUUCCCAUCAGAGAAUUCAUACAGGGGAGAAACCCUAUCAGUGUGGGGAAUGUGGAAAGAAGUUCAUUACAAGCUCCAGUCUCACUACCCAUCAGAGAAUUCAUACAGGAGAGAAACCCUAUCAGUGUGGGGAAUGUGGAAAGAAGUUCAUUACAAGCUCCAGUCUCACUACCCAUCAGAGAAUUCAUACAGGGGACAAACCCUAUCAGUGUGGGGAAUGUGGAAAGAAGUUCAUUACAAGCUCCAAUCUCACUUCCCAUCAGAGAAUUCGUACAGGAGAGAAACCCUAUCAGUGUGUGGAAUGUGGAAAGAGCUUCUGGGUGAGCUCUGAUCUCACUAAGCAUCAGAAACUUCAUACAGGGGAGAAACCCUAUCAGUGCAUGGAAUGUGGGAAGAGCUUUAGUUGGAGCUCCCAUCUCACUUACCAUCAGAGGAUUCAUACAGGGGAGAAACCCUAUCAGUGUGGGGAAUGUGGAAAGAAAUUCAUUACAAGCUCCAGUCUCACUUCCCAUCUAAGAAUUCAUACAGGGGAGAAACCCUAUCAGUGCAUGGAAUGUGGAAGGAGCUUCAGUCAGAGAGGCCAUCUCACUUCUCAUCAGAGAAUUCAUACAGGGGAGAAACCCUUCAUAUGCAAAAAUUUGCAGUGUGGAGACGGCUGCAGUCAGAGCUCCAAUCUCACUAAGCAUCAGAGAAUUCAUACAGGAGACAAACCCUAUCAGUGCAUGGAAUGUGGAAAGAGCUUCAGGACGAGCUCCCAUCUCAUUUCCCAUCAGAGAAUUCAUACAGGGGAGAAACCCUAUCAGUGUGGGGAAUGUGGAAAGAGCUUCAGGGGGAACUCCCAUCUCACUUCCCAUCAGAGAAUUCAUACAGGGGAGAAACCCUAUCAGUGCAUGAAAUGUGGAAAGAGCUUCAGUCACAGCCAUGAUCUCACUUCUCAUCAGAGAAUUCAUACAGGGGAGAAACCCUAUCAGUGUGGGGAAUGUGGAAAGAGCUUCAAUAAGAACUCCAAUCUCACUUCCCAUCAGAGAAUUCAUACAGGGGAGAAACCCUAUCAGUGUGGGGAAUGUGGAAAGAGCUUCUGUAUGAGCUCCAGUCUCACUUCCCAUCAGAGAAUUCAUACAGGAGAGAAACCCUAUCAGUGUGGGGAAUGUGGAAAGAGCUUCAGUCAGAGUGGCAAUCUCACUUCCCAUCAGAGAAUUCAUAGAGGGGAGAAACCCUAUCAGUGUGGGGAAUGUGGAAAGAGCUUCUGUAUGAGCUCCAGUCUCACUUCCCAUCAGAGAAUUCAUACAGGGAAGAAACCCUAUCAGUGUGGGGAAUGUGGAAAGAGCUUCAGGGAGAACUCCCAUCUCACUUCCCAUCAGAGAAUUCAUACAGGGGAGAAACCCUAUCAGUGCAUUGAAUGUGGAAAGAGCUUCAGGAAGAGAUAUGACCUCACUUCCCAUCAAAGAAUUCAUACAGGGGAGAAACCCUAUCAGUGUAUGGAAUGUGGAAAGAGCUUCAAUAAGAACUCCAAUCUCACUUCCCAUCAAAGAAUUCAUCAUACAGGAGACAAACCCUAUCAGUGUGUGGAAUGUGGGAAGAGCUUCAGUUGGAGCUCCCAUCUCACUUACCAUCAGAGAAUUCAUACAGGUGAGAAACCCUAUCAGUGUGGGGAAUGUGGAAAGAAAUUCAUUACAAGCUCCAGUCUCACUUCCCAUCAGAGAAUUCAUACAGGGGAGAAACCCUAUCAGUGUGGGGAAUGUGGAAAGAAAUUCAUUACAAGCUCCAGUCUCACUUCCCAUCAGAGAAUUCAUACAGGGGAGAAACCCUAUCAGUGUGGGGAAUGUGGAAAGAGCUUCAGGCACAGCUCGGAUCUCACUUCCCAUCAGAGAAUUCAUACAGGGGAGAAACCCUAUCAGUGUGGGGAAUGUGGAAAGAAAUUCAUUACAAGCUCCAGUCUCACUUCCCAUCAGAGAAUUCAUACAGGAGAGAAACCCUAUCAGUGUGGGGAAUGUGGAAAGAAAUUCAGCAAGAGCUGGGAACUCACUUCCCAUCAGAGAAUUCAUACAGGGGAGAAACCCUAUCAGUGUGGGGAAUGUGGAAAGAGCUUCAGGCAGAGCUCGGAUUUCACUUCCCAUCAGAGAAUUCAUACAGGGGAGAAACCCUAUCAGUGUGGGGAAUGUGGAAAGAGCUUCAGUCAGAGCUCCAAUCUCAGUUCCCAUCAGAGAAUUCAUACAGGGGAGAAACCCUAUCAGUGUGGGGAAUGUGGAAAGAGCUUCAGGCAGAGCUCGGAUCUCACUUCCCAUCAGAGAAUUCAUACAGGGGAGAAACCCUAUCAGUGUGGGGAAUGUGGAAAGAAAUUCAUUACAAGCUCCAGUCUCACUUCCCAUCAGAGAAUUCAUACAGGGGAGAAACCCUAUCAGUGUGGGGAAUGUGGAAAGAAAUUCAGCAAGAGCUGGGAACUCACUUCCCAUCAGAGAAAUCAUACAGGAGAGAAACCCUAUCAGUGUGGGGAAUGUGGAAAGAGCUUCAGGCAGAGCUCGGAUCUCACUUCCCAUCAGAGAAUUCAUACAGGGGAGAAACCCUAUCAUUGUGUGGAAUGUGGAAAGAAAUUCAUUACAAGCUCCAGUCUCACUUCCCAUCAGAGAAUUCAUACAGGGGAGAAACCCUAUCAGUGUGGGGAAUGUGGAAAGCAAUUCAUUACAAGCUCCAGUCUCACUUCCCAUCAGAGAAUUCAUACAGGAGAGAAACCCUAUCAGUGUGGGGAAUGUGAAAAGAGCUUCUGGGUGAGCUCUGAUCUCACUAAGCAUCAGAGAAUUCAUACAGGGGAGAAACCCUAUCAGUGUGGGGAAUGUGGAAAGAGCUUCAGGCAGAGCUCGGAUCUCACUUCCCAUCAGAGAAUUCAUACAGGGGAGAAACCCUAUCAGUGUGGGGAAUGUGGAAAGAGCUUCAAUAAGAACUCCAAUCUCACUUCCCAUCAGAGAAUUCAUACAAGGGAGAAACCCUAUCAGUGUGGGGAAUGUGGAAAGAGCUUCAGUCACAGCUCCAAUCUCAGUUCCCAUCAGAGAAUUCAUACAGGGGAGAAACCCUAUCAGUGCUUUGAAUGUGGAAAGAGCUUCAACAGCUGCACUCAGAGCUCCAAUCUCACUAAGCAUCAGAGAAUUCAUACAGGAGACAAACCCUAUCAGUGCAUGGAAUGUGGGAAGAGCUUCAGUUGGAGCUCCAAUCUCACUAAGCAUCAGAGAAUUCAUACAGGGGAGAAACCCUAUCAGUGUGGGGAAUGUGGAAAGAGCUUCAGGCAGAGCUCGGAUCUCACUUCCCAUCAGAGAAUUCAUACAGGGGAGAAGCCCUAUCAUUGUGUGGAAUGUGGAAAGAACUUCAGUCAGAGCUCCCAUCUCAAUAAGCAUCAGAGAAUUCAUACAGGGGAGAAACCCUAUCAGUGUGGGGAAUGUGGAAAGAGCUUCAGUCAUAAGAGUGAUCUCACUUCCCAUCAGAGAAUUCAUACAGGGGAGAAACCCUAUCAGUGUGGGGAAUGUGAAAAGAGCUUCAGUCACAGCUCUGCUGUCACUAAGCAUCAGAAACUUCAUACAGGGGAGAAACCCUAUCAGUGCAUGGAAUGUGGAAAGAGCUUCACUGAUGACUCCUCUCUCACUUCCCAUCGAAGAAUUCAUACAGGAGAGAAACCCUAUCAGUGUGUGGAAUGUGGAAAGAGCUUCAGUCAGAGCUCCAAUCUCAAUAAGCAUCAGAGAAUUCAUACAGGGGAGAAACCCUAUCAGUGUGGGGAAUGUGGAAAGAGCUUCAGUCAUAAGAGUGCUCUCACUUCCCAUCGAAGAAUACAUACAGGGGAGAAACCCUAUCAGUGCAUGGAAUGUGGAAAGAGCUUCGCUUAUAUCUCCAAACUCACUUCCCAUCAGAGAAUUCAUACAGGAGAGAAACCCUAUCAGUGUGUGGAAUGUGGAAAGAACUUCAGUCAGGGCUCCAAUCUCAAUAAGCAUCAGAGAAUUCAUACAGGGGAGAAACCCUAUCAGUGUGGGGAACGUGGAAAGAGCUUCAGUCACAAGAGUGAUCUCACUUCACAUUGAAGAAUUCAUACAGAUGAGAAAACCUAUCAGUGCUUUGAAUGUGGAAAGAGCUUCAUUCAGAGCUCCCAUCUCACUUACCAUCAGAGAAGUCAUACAGGGGAGAAACCCUAUCAGUGUGGGGAAUGUGGAAAGAGCUUCAGUCACAGCUCUGCUGUCACUAAGCAUCAGAAACGUCAUACAGGGGAGAAACCCUAUCAGUGCGUGGAAUGUGGAAAGUGCUUCAGGGACAACUCCAAACUCACUUCCCAUCAGAGAAUUCAUACAGGGGAGAAACCCUAUCAGUGCAAGGAAUGUGGAAAGAGCUUUAGUCAGAGCUUCUGUCUCACUUCCCAUCAGAGAAUUCAUACAGGAGAAAAACCCUAUCAGUGCUUGGAAUGUGGAAAAAGCUUCAGUCGCAGAUACUCUCUCACUUCUCAUCAAAGAUUUCAUACAGGAGAGAAACCCUAUCAGUGUGUGGAAUGUGGAAAGAGCUUCACUACCAGCUCCUAUUUCACAUCCCAUCAGAAAAUUCAUACAGGAGAGAAACCCUAUCAGUGUGUGGAAUGUGGAAAGAGCUUCCGUGACAAGCGCUCUCUCUCUUCUCAUCAACGAAUUCAUGCAAGGGAGAAAACUUAUCAGUGUGUGGAAUGUGGAAAGAGCUUCAGUACGAGCUCCCAUCUCACAGACCAUCAAAGAAUUCAUACAGGAGAGAAACCUUAUCAGUGCAUGGAAUGUGGGAAAAGCUUCAGUAGGAGCUCCCAUCUCACUUCCCAUCACAGAAUUCAUUCAGGGGAGAAACCUUAUCAAUGCAUGGAAUGUGGAAAGAGCUUCAGUAUGAGCUCUUCUCUCAGUUCCCAUCAAAGAAUUCAUACAGGGGAGAAACCCUAUCAGUGCAUGGAGUGCGGAAAAAGCUUCAAUACAAUCUCCCAUCUCAAUACCCAUCAGCGAAUUCAUACAGGGGAGAAACCCUAUCAGUGCGUGGAAUGUGGAAAGAGCUUCCGUCGGAAUACCGAUCUCAGUUUCCAUCAAAGAAUUCAUACAGGGGAGAAAGCAUAUAAUUGCUUUGAAUGUGGAAAGAGCUUCAGUAAAAGCUCCCAUCUCAGUACCCAUCAAAGAAUUCACAGAGGGGAGAAACCAUAUCAGUGUGUGGAAUGUGGAAAGAACUUUAGUCAGAGUGCCCAUCUCACUUCUCAUAAAAGAAUUCAUACAGGGGAGAAACCCUAUCAAUGCAUGGAAUGUGGAAAGAGCUUCAGUAAGAGCUCCCAUCUCAAUACCCAUCAACGAAUUCAUACAGGAGAGAAACCAUAUCAAUGCAUGGAAUGUGGAAAAAGCUUCUGUCAGAAGGCGAAGCUCACUUUUCAUACAAAUACUCACAGUGGAAAGAAACCCUAUCAGUGCGUGGAAUGUGGAAAGAGCUUUAGCCAGAGAGGCCAUCUCACUAAGCAUCAGAAAAUUCAUACAGGAGAGAAACCCUAUCAGUGCUUUGAAUGUGGAAAGAGCUACAGUAAGAGCUCCAGUCUCACUUCCCAUCAAAGAAUUCAUACAGGGGAGAAACCCUUUCAGUGCAUUGAAUGUGGAAAGAGCUUCAGGAAGAACACCCAUCUCACUUCCCAUCAAAGAAUUCAUACAGGGGAGAAACCCUAUCAGUGUGUGGAAUGUGGAAAGAGCUUCAGGGUGAGAUCCCAUCUCACUUGCCACCAGAGAAUUCAUAGAGGGGAGAAACCCUAUCAGUGUGUGGAAUGUGGAAAGAGCUUUAGGAAGAAUGCCCAUCUCACUUCCCAUCAAAGAAUUCAUACAGGGGAGAAACCCUUUCAGUGCAUGGAAUGUGGAAAGACCUUCAGUCAGAGAGGCCAUCUCACUUCCCAUCAGAAAAUUCAUACAGGGGAGAAACCCUAUCAGUGUGUGGAAUGUGGAAAGAGCUUCAGUUCGCGUUCCCAUCUCACUUUCCAUCAGAGAAUUCAUAGAGGGGAGAAACCCUAUCAGUGUGCGGAAUGUGGAAAGAGCUUCAGUCACAGCCACUAUCUCACUUCCCAUCAAAUAAUUCAUACAGGGGAGAAACCCUAUCAGUGCAUGGAAUGUGGAAAGACCUUCAGUCAGAGAGGCCAUCUCACUUCCCAUCAGAGAAUUCAUUCAGGAGAGAAACCCUAUCAGUGUGCGGAAUGUGGAAAGAGCUUCAGUAUGAGCUCCCAUCUCACUUCCCAUCAAAGAAUUCAUACAGGGGAGAAACCCUAUCAGUGCAUGGAAUGUGGAAAGACCUUCAGUCAGAGAGGCCAUCUCACUUCCCAUCAGAGAAUUCAUUCAGGAGAGAAACCCUAUCAGUGUGCGGAAUGUGGAAAGAGCUUCAGUAUGAGCUCCCAUCUCACUUCCCAUCAAAGAAUUCAUACAGGGGAGAAACCCUAUCAGUGCAUGGAAUGUGGAAAGACCUUCAGUCAGAGAAGCCAUCUAACUUCCCAUCAGAGAAUUCAUACAGGGGAGAAACCCUAUCAGUGCAGGGAAUGUGGAAAGAGCUUCAGCGAUAGCUCCUCUCUCACUUCCCAUCAGAGAAUUCAUUCAGGAGAGAAACCCUAUCAGUGUGUGGAAUGUGGAAAGAGCUUCAGAACGAGCUCCUCUCUCACUAAGCAUCAGAGAAUUCAUUCAGGAGAGAAACCCUAUCAGUGUGCGGAAUGUGGAAAGAGCUUCAGUAUGAGCUCCCAUCUCACUUCCCAUCAAAGAAUUCAUACAGGGGAGAAACCCUAUCAGUGCAUGGAAUGUGGAAAGACCUUCAGUCAGAGAGGCCAUCUCACUAGGCAUCAGAGAAUUCAUACAGGAGAGAAACCCUUUCAUUGCAUGGAAUGUGGAAAGAGCUUCAGGAAGAGCUUCAAUCUCAUUUCCCAUCAGAGAAUUCAUGCAAAGGAGAAGCCACAUCAAAAUUUGGAGUGUGGAGACAGCUGCAGUCAGAGCUCUCAUUCCACUUCCCAACAAAUAAUUCACACAGGAGAGAAACCCUAUCAGUGUGUGGAAUGUGGGAAGAGCUUCAGGAGGAGCUCCCAUCUCACUUCCCAUCAAAGAAUUCAUACAAGUGAGAAACCCUAUCAGUGUGUGGAAUGUGGAAAAAGCUUUAGUCACAGCGACAUUCUCACUAAGCAUCAGAGAAUUCAUACAGGGGAAAAACCCUAUCAGUGCAUGGAAUGUGGAAAGAACUUCAGGAGGAGCUCCCAUCUCAUUUCCCAUCAAAAAAUUCAUACAGGGGAGAAACCCUAUCAGUGUGUGGAAUGUGGAAAGAGCUUCAGUCAUAGCCACAGUCUCAGUUUUCACCAAAGAAUUCAUACAGGUGAGAAACCCUAUCAGUGUGUGGAAUGUGGAAAGAGCUUCAGGAAGAGCUCCGAUCUCACUUACCACCAAAGAAUUCAUGCAGGGGAGAAACCCUAUCAGUGCAUGGAAUGUGGAAAGAGCUUCAGUCAGAGCUCCCAUCUCACUGCACAUCAAAGAAUUCAUACAGGGGAGAAACCACAUCAGUGUGUGGAAUGUGGAAAGAGCUUCAGUCACAGCCACAGUCUCACUUUCCAUCAAAGAAUUCAUACAGGAGAGAAACCCUAUCAGUGUAUGGAAUGUGGAAAGAGCUUCAACAAGAACUCCAAUCUCACUUCCCAUCAAAUAAUUCAUACAGGGGAGAAACACUAUCAGUGCGUGGAAUGUGGAAAGAGCUUCAGGAAGAACUUCACUCUCACCUCCCAUCAAAGAAUUCAUACAGGGGAGAAACCCUAUCAGUGUGUGGAAUGUGGAAAGAGCUUCAGUCAGAGUUCCCAUCUCACUAGGCAUCAGAGAAUUCAUACAUAUCAGUGUGUGGAAUGUGGAAAGAGCUUCAGGGAGAGCUCCAGUCUCACUUCCCAUCAGAGAAUUCAUACAGGGGAGAAACCCUAUCAGUGUGGGGAAUGUGGAAAGAGCUUCAGUAUGAGCUCCAGUCUCACUUCCCAUCAGAGAAUUCAUACAGGGGAGAAACCCUAUCAGUGUGGGGAAUGUGAAAAGAGCUUCAGUCAAAGCUCCAGUCUCACUUCCCAUCAGAGAAUUCAUACAGGGGAGAAACCCUAUCAGUGUGGGGAAUGUGGAAAGAGAUUCAGGAAGAGCUCCCAUCUCACUUCCCAUCAGAGAAUUCAUACAGGGGAGAAAUCCUAUCAGUGUGUGGAAUGUGGAAAGAGAUUUAGGAAGAGCUCCCAUCUCACUUACCAUCAGAGAAUUCAUACAGGAGAGAAACCCUAUCAGUGCGUGGAAUGUGGAAAGCGUUUCAGUCACUGUUCCAAUCUCACUUCCCAUCAAAGAAUUCAUACAGGGGAGAAACCCUAUCAGUGUGUGGAAUGUGGAAAGAACUUCAGUCACAGCUCUGCUGUCACUAAGCAUCAGAGAAUUCAUACAGGAGAGAAAUCCUAUCAGUGUGGGGAAUGUGGAAAGAGCUUCAGUAGAAGCUCCCAUCUCACUUCCCAUCAGAGAAUUCAUACAGGAGAGAAACCCUAUCAGUGUGUGGAAUGUGGAAAGAACUUCAGUCACAGCUCUGCUGUCACUAAGCAUCAGAGAAUUCAUACAGGGGAGAAACCCUAUCAGUGUGGGGAAUGUGGAAAGAGCUUCAGUCAGAGCUCCCAUCUCACUUCUCAUCAAAGAAUUCAUACAGCGCAGAAACCCUUCCCAUGCAAAAAUUUGGAAUGUGGAGAGAGCUGCAGUCAGAGCUCCCAUUCUACAUCCCAUCAAAGAAAUCACAUUGGAAAGAAACCCUAUAAGUGCGUGGAAUGUGGAAAGAGCUUUAGUCAGAGCUCUGAUCUCACUAAGCAUCAGAGAAUUCAUACAGGAGAGAAACUCUAUCAGUGCAUGGAAUGUGGAAAGACCUUCAGUCGGAACGACUCUCUCACUUCCCAUCGAAGAAUUCAUACGGGAGAGAAACCCUAUCAGUGUGUUGAAUGUGGAAAGAGUUUCAGUCAGAACUCCUCUCUCACUUCCCAUCAGAGAAUUCAUUCAGGAGAGAAACCCUAUCAGUGUGUGGAAUGUGGAAAGAGCUUCAGUCAUAGUGCAUCUCUCACUUCCCAUCACAGAAUUCAUACAGGGGAGAAACCCUAUCAGUGCUUGGAAUGUGGAAAGACCUUUAGUCAGAGAAGCCAACUAACUUCCCAUCAGAAAAUUCAUACCGGGGAGAAACCCUAUCAGUGUGUGGAAUGUGGAAAGAGUUUCAGUCAGAGCUCCUCUCUCACUUCCCAUCAGAGAAUUCAUUCAGGAGAGAAACCCUAUCAGUGUGUGGAAUGUGGAAAGAGCUUUAGUAUGAGCUACAAUCUCACUUCCCAUCGGAGAAUUCAUACAGAGGAGAAACCAUAUCAGUGCAUGGAAUGUGGAAAGAGUUUCAGUCAGAGCUCCUAUCUCACUUCCCAUCGGAGAAUUCAUACAGGGGAUAAACCAUAUCAGUGCAUGGAAUGUGGAAAGAGUUUCAGUCAGAGCUCCUCUCUCACUUCCCAUCAGAGAAUUCAUACUGGGGAGAAACCAUAUCAGUGCAUGGAAUGUGGAAAGAGCUUCAGUAUGAGCUCCUAUCUCACUUCCCAUCAAAGAAUUCAUACAGGGGAGAAACCCUAUCAGUGUGUGGAAUGUGGAAAGAGCUUCACUAAGGGCUCCUAUCUCACUUCCCAUCAGACAAUUCAUGCAACGCAUAAACACUAUCAGUGCAUGGAAUGUGGAAAGAGCUUCAGUAUGAGCUCCGAUCUCACUAAACAUCAAAGAAUUCAUAAAGGGGAGAAACCCUAUCAGUGUAUGGAAUGUGGAAAGACCUUCAGUCGGAACGACUCUCUCACUUCCCAUCAAAGAAUUCAUACAGGAGAGAAACCCUAUCAGUGUGUGGAAUGUGGAAAGAGCUUCAGUCACAGCUCUGCUGUCACUAAGCACCAGAGAAUUCAUAUAGGGGAGAAACCCUAUCAGUGCUUGGAAUGUGGAAAGAGCUUCAGUCAGAGCUCUAAUCUCAAUUCCCAUAAAAAAAAUCAUACAGGGGAGAAACCCUUUCAGUGUAUGGAAUGUAGAAAGAGCUUCAUGAAGAGCUCCCAUCUCACUUCUCAUCAAAGAAUUCAUACAGGGGAGAAACCCUAUCAGUGCGUGGAAUGUGGAAAGAGCUUCAGUUACAGCCAAAGUCUGACUUCCCAUCAAAAAAUUCAUACAGGGGAGAAAACCUAUGAGUGCAUAGAAUGUGGAAAGACCUUCAGUCGGAACAACUAUCUCACUUCCCAUCAAAGAAUUCAUACAGGGGAGAAACCCUAUCAGUGCAUGGAAUGUGGAAAGACCUUCAGUCAGAGCUCUGAUUUCACUAAGCACCAGAGAAUUCAUACAGGAGAGAAACCCUAUCAGUGUGUGGAAUGUGGAAAGAGCUUCAGGGAGAGCUCCAAACUCACUUCCCAUCAAAGAAUUCAUACAGGCGAGAAACCAUAUCAGUGCUUUGAAUGUGGAAAGAGCUUCAGUCAGAGCGCCCAUCUCACUUCCCAUCAAAGAAUUCAUACAGGGGAAAAACCCUAUCAGUGCUUUCAAUGUGGAAAGAGCUUCAGUCAGAGAAAUGAUCUUACUUCCCAUCAAAGAAUUCAUACAGGGGAGAAACCCUAUCAGUGUGCAGAAUGUGGAAAGAGCUUCAGUCAGAGCUCUAAUCUCACUUCCCAUCAAAGAAUUCAUACAGGGGAGAAACCCUUUCAGUGCAUGGAAUGUGGAAAGAGUUUCAGUCAGAGCUCCUCUCUCACUUCCCAUCAGAGAAUUCAUACAGGGGAGAAACCCUAUCAGUGCUUUGAAUGUGGAAAGAGCUUCAGUCAGAGCGCCCAUCUCACUUCCCAUCAAAGAAUUCAUACAGGGGAAAAACCCUAUCAGUGCUUUGAAUGUGGAAAGAGCUUCAGUCAGAGUAAUGAUCUUACUUCCCAUCAAAGAAUUCAUCCAGGGGAGAAACCCUAUCAGUGUGCGGAAUGUGGAAAGAGCUUUAGUCGGAGCUACUCUCUCACUUGUCAUCAAAGAGUUCAUAUUGGGGAGAAACCCUAUCAGUGCAUGGAAUGUGGAAAGAGCUUCAGUAGGAGUUCCUCUCUCACUUCCCAUCAAAGACUUCAUACAGGGGAGAAACCAUAUCAAUGUGUGGAAUGUGGGAAGAACUUCACUGAUAGCUCCAAUCUCACUUCCCAUCAAAAAAUUCAUACUGGGGAGAAACCCUAUCAGUGUGUGGAAUGUGGAAAGAGCUUCAGUCAGAGCUCCCAUCUCACUGCACAUCAAAAAAUUCAUACAGGCGAGAAACCCUUUCAGUGCAUAGAAUGUGGAAAGAGCUUCAGUCGGAACGACUAUCUCACUUCCCAUCAAAGAAUUCAUACAGGGGAGAAACCCUAUCAGUGUGUGGAAUGUGGAAAGAGCUUCAGUCAGAGUUCUGAUCUCAAUUCCCAUCACAGAAUUCAUACAGGGGAGAAACCAUAUCAAUGUGUGGAAUGUGGAAAGAGCUUCAGGAAGAGCUCCCAUCUCACUUCCCAUCAAAAAAUUCAUACAGGGGAGAAACCCUAUCAGUGUGUGGAAUGUGGAAAGAGCUUCAGUCACAGCCAGAGUCUCACUUCCCAUCAGAAGAUUCAUACAGUAGAGAAACCCUAUCAGUGUGUGGAAUGUGGAAAGAGCUUCAGAAGGAGAGACAGUCUCAAUUCCCAUCAAAGAAUUCAUACAGGGUACAAACCCUUUCAGUGCAUAGAAUGUGGAAAGACCUUCAGUCGGAACGACUCUCUCACUUCCCAUCAAAGAAUUCAUACAGGGGAGAAACCCUAUCAGUGUGUGGAAUGUGGAAAGAGCUUCCGUCAGAGCUCCGAUCUCACUUCCCAUCACAAAAUUCAUACAGGGGAGAAACCGUAUCAGUGUGUGGAAUGUGGAAAGAGCUUCAGGAAGAGCUCAUCUCUCACUUCCCAUCACAGAAUUCAUACAGGAGAGAAACCCUAUCAGUGUGUGGAAUGUGGAAAGAGCUUCAGUCAUAGUGCAUCUCUCACUUCCCAUCACAGAUUUCAUACAGGGGAGAAACCGUAUCAGUGUGUGGAAUGUGGAAAGAGCUUCAGGAAGAGCUCAUCUCUCACUUCCCAUCACACAAUUCAUACAGGGGAGAAACCCUAUCAGUGUGUGGAAUGUGGAAAGAGCUUCAGUCAUAGUGCAUCUCUCACUUCCCAUCACAGAAUUCAUACAGGGGAGAAACCCUAUCAGUGUGUGUAAUGCGGAAAGAGCUUUAGUCGGAGCUACUCUCUUACUUCCCAUCAAAGAAUCCAUACAAAGAAACCCCAUCAGUGCAUGGAAUGUGGAAAGAGCUUCACUAAUAGCUCCUAUCUCACUUCCCAUCAGAGAAUUCAUACAGGGGAGAAACCCUAUCAGUGUGUGGAAUGUGGAAAGAGCUUCAGUCACAGCCACAGGCUCACUUCCCAUCAAAGAAUUCAUACAGGGGAAAAACCCUAUCAGUGUGUGGAAUGUGGAAAGAGCUUCACUAAUAGCUCCUCUCUCACUUCCCAUCAAAGAAUUCAUACAGGAGAGAAACCCUAUCAGUGUGUGGAAUGUGGAAAGAGCUUCAGUCACAGCCACAGGCUCACUUCCCAUCAAAGAAUUCAUACAGGGGAAAAACCCUAUCAGUGUGUGGAAUGUGGAAAGAGCUUCACUAAUAGCUCCUCUCUCACUUCCCAUCAGAAACUUCAUACAGGGGAGAAACCCUAUCAGUGCAUGGAAUGUGGAAAGAGCUUCAGUAAGAACUGCAAUCUCACUUCCCAUCAAAGAAUUCAUACAGGGGAAAAACCCUAUCAGUGCAUGGAAUGUGGAAAGAGCUUCAUUCAGAGGUCCUCUCUCACUUCCCAUCAAAGAAUUCAUACAAGGCAGAAACCCUAUCAGUGUGUGGAAUGUGGAAAGAGCUUCUGUUGGGGCUCCAAUCUCACUUCCCAUCAGAGAAUUCAUACAAAGGAGAAGCCACGUAAGAAUUUGGAAUGUGGAGAGAGCUCCCAUUCCAGUUCCCAACAAAGAAAUCUCAAUGGAAAGAAACACUAUCAGUGCAUGGAAUGUGGAAAGAGCUUCAGUCAGAACUCCUCUCUCACUUCCCAUCAAAGAAUUCAUACAGGGGAGAAACCCUAUCAGUGUGUGGAAUGCGGAAAGAGCUUCAGUCAGAGCUCUAAUCUCACUUCCCAUCAAAGAACCCAUACAGGGGAGAAACCCUAUCAGUGCAUUGAAUGUGGAAAGAGCUUCAGUAUGAAGGCCUCUCUCACUUCCCAUCAAAGAAUUCAUACAGGGGAGAAACCCUAUCAGUGCAUGGAAUGUGGAAAGAGCUUCAGUCAGAGCUCUGAUCUCAAUUCCCAUCAAAAAACUCAUACUGGGGAGAAACCCUUUCAGUGCAUGGAAUGUGGAAAGAGCUACAGGAAGAGCUCCCAUCUCACUUCUCAUCAAAGACUUCAUACAGGGGAGAAACCCUAUCAGUGUGCAGAAUGUGGAAAGAGCUUCAGUCACAGCCAAAGCCUCAAUUCCCAUCAAAGAAUUCAUACAGGGGAGAAACCCUAUCAGUGUGUGGAAUGUGGAAAGAGCUUCAGUCACAGCCACUAUCUCACUUCCCAUCAAAGAAUUCAUACAGGAGAGAAACCUUAUGAGUGCAUGGAAUGUGGAAAGAGCUUCAGUCGGAAUGACUAUCUCACUUCCCAUCAAAGAAUUCAUACAGGCGAGAAACCAUAUCAGUGCAUGGAAUGUGGAAAGAGCUUCACUCAGAGCUCUGAUCUCAAUUCCCAUAAAAAAAUUCAUACAGGCGAGAAACCAUAUCAGUGCAUGGAAUGUGGAAAGAGCUUCAGUAUGAAGGCCUCUCUCACUUCCCAUCAGAGAAUUCAUACAGGGGAGAAACCAUAUCCGUGCUUUGAAUGUGGAAAGAGCUUCAGUCAGAGCUCCCAUCUCACUUCCCAUCAAAGAAUUCAUACAGGGGAAAAACCCUAUCAGUGCAUGGAAUGUGGAAAGAGCUUCAGUCAGAGCUCUGAUCUUACUUCCCAUCAAAGAAUUCAUACAGGGGAGAAACCCUAUCAGUGUGCAGAAUGUGGAAAGAGCUUCAGUCACAGCCACUAUCUCACUUCCCAUCAAAGAACCCAUACAGGGGAGAAACCCUAUCAGUGCAUUGAAUGUGGAAAGAGCUUUACUCAGAGCUACUCUCUCACUUGCCAUCAAAGAAACGCCCAUCUCACUUCCCAUCAGAGAAUUCAUACAGGGGAGAAACCCUAUCAGUGUGUGGAAUGUGGAAAGAGCUUCAGUCAGAGCGCCAAUCUCACUAAGCACCAGAGAAUUCAUACAGGGGAGAAACCCUAUCAGUGUGUGGAAUGUGGAAAGAGCUUCAGUCAGAGCGACAUUCUCACUUCUCAUCAAAGAAUUCAUACAGGGGAGAAACCCUAUCAGUGUGUGGAAUGUGGAAAGAGCUUCAGUCACAGCCACAGUCUCACUUCCCAUCAAAGAAUUCAUACAGGGGAGAAACCCUAUCAGUGCAUGGAAUGUGAAAAGAGCUUCAGUCAAAGCUCCUCUCUUACUUCCCAUCAAAGAAUUCAUACAGGGGAGAAACCAUAUCAAUGUGUGGAAUGUGGGAAGAACUUCACUGAUAGGUCCUCUCUCACUUCCCAUCAAAAAAUUCAUACUGGGGAGAAAUCCUAUCAGUGUGUGGCAUGUGGAAAGAGCUUCAGUCGGAGAGACUCUCUCUUUUCCCAUCAAAGAAUUCAUACAGGGGAGAAACCCUAUCAGUGUGUGGAAUGCGGAAAGAGCUUCAGUCAUAGCUCCCUUCUCACUUCCCAUCAAAAAAUUCAUACAGGGGAGAAACCCUAUCAGUGUGUGGAAUGCGGAAAGGGCUUCAGUCAUAGCUCCCAUCUCACUUCCCAUCAAAGAAUUCAUACAGGGGAGAAACCCUAUCAGUGUGUGGAAUGUGGAAAGAGCUUCAGUCAGAGUUCCGAUCUCACUUCCCAUCAAAAAAUUCAUACAGGGGAGAAACCCUUUCAGUGCAUGGAAUGUGGAAAGAGCUUCAGGAAGAGCUCCCAUCUCACUUCCCAUCAAAAAAUUCAUACAGGGGAGAAACCCUAUCAGUGUGUGGAAUGUGGAAAGAGCUUCAGUCACAGCCAGAGUCUCACUUCCCAUCAGAAGAUUCAUACAGUAGAGAAACCUUAUGAGUGUGUGGAAUGUGGAAAGCACUUCAGAAGGAGAGAAACUCUCAAUUCCCAUCAAAGAAUUCAUACAGGGUACAAACCCUUUCAGUGCAUAGAAUGUGGAAAGACCUUCAGUCGGAACGACACUCUCACUUCCCAUCAAAGAAUUCAUACAGGGGAGAAACCCUAUCAGUGCGUGGAAUGUGGAAAGAGCUUCCGUCAGAGCUCCGAUCUCACUUCCCAUCAAAAAAUUCAUACAGGGGAGAAACCCUAUCAGUGUGUGGAAUGUGGAAAGAGCUUCAGGAAGAGCUCAUCUCUCACUUCCCAUCACAAAAUUCAUACAGGGGAGAAACCCUAUCAGUGUGUGGAAUGUGGAAAGAGCUUCAGUCAUAGUGCAUCUCUCACUUCCCAUCACAGAAUUCAUACAGGGGAGAAACCCUAUCAGUGUGUGGAAUGUGGAAAGAGCUUCAUUCAGAGCUGUGAUCUCACUAAGCAUCACAGAAUUCAUACAGGGGAGAAACCAUAUCAAUGUGUGGAAUGUGGGAAGAACUUCACUAAUGGAUCCGCCCUCACUUCCCAUCAAAAAAUUCAUACAGGGGAGAAACCCCAUCAGUGUGUGGAAUGUGGAAAGAGCUUUAGAAAGAGGACCUACCACCUGACUUCCCAUCAAAGAAUUCACACAAGGGAGAAACCCUAUCAGUGCGUGGAAUGUGGAAAGUGCUUCAGGGACAGCUCCAAACUCACUUCCCAUCAGAGAAUUCAUACAGGGGAGAAACCAUAUCAGUGCAAGGAAUGUGGAAAGAGCUUUAGUCAGAGCUUCUGUCUCACUUCCCAUCAGAGAAUUCAUACAGGAGAAAAACCCUAUCAGUGCUUGGAAUGUGGAAAAAGCUUCAGUCACAGAUACUCUCUCACUUCUCAUCAAAGAUUUCAUACAGGAGAGAAACCCUAUCAGUGUGUGGAAUGUGGAAAGAGUUUCACUACCAGCUCCUAUCUCACAUCCCAUCAGAAAAUUCAUACGGGAGAGAAACCCGAUCAGGAGAAAACUUAUCAGUGUGUGGAAUGUGGAAAGAGCUUCAGUACGAGCUCCCAUCUCACAGACCAUCAAAGAAUUCAUACAGGAGAGAAACCUUAUCAGUGCAUGGAAUGUGGGAAAAGCUUCAGUAGGAGCUCCCAUCUCACUUCCCAUCACAGAAUUCAUUCAGGAGAGAAACCUUAUCAGUGCAUGGAAUGUGGAAAGAGCUUCAGUAUGAGCUCUUCUCUCAGUUCCCAUCAAAGAAUUCAUACGGGGGAGAAACCCUAUCAGUGCAUGGAGUGCGGAAAGAGCUUCAAUACAAUCUCCUAUCUCAAAACCCAUCAGCGAAUUCAUACAGGGGAGAAACCCUAUCAGUGCGUGGAAUGUGGAAAGAGCUUCCGUCGGAGUACCGAUCUCAGUUUCCAUCAAAGAAUUCAUACAGGGGAGAAACCCUAUCAAUGCAUGGAAUGUGGAAAGAGCUUCAGUAAGAGCUCCCAUCUCAAUACCCAUCAAAGAAUUCACAGAGGGGAGAAACCAUAUCAGUGUGUGGAAUGUGGAAAGAACUUCAGUCAGAGUGCCCAUCUCACUUCUCAUAAAAGAAUUCAUACAGGGGAGAAGCCCUAUCAAUGCAUGGAAUGUGGAAAGAGCUUCAUUGAACUCUCCUCUCUGAGUUCCCAUCGGAGAAUUCAUACAGGAGAGAAACCCUAUAAAUGUGCGGAAUGUGGAAAGAGCUUUCGUAAGAGCCACCAUCUCAUUUCUCAUCAAAGAUUCCAUACAGGGGAAAAACCCUAUCAGUGUGUGGAAUGUGGAAAGAGCUUCAGUAUGAGCUCGAAUCUCACUUCCCAUCAAAUAAUUCAUACAGGGGAGAAACCAUAUCAGUGCGUAGACUGUGGGAAGAGCUUCAGUCACAACUCGUCUUUCACUUCCCAUCAAAGAAUUCAUACAGGGGAGAAACCCUAUCAGUGUGUGGAAUGUGGAAAGAACUUCAGAAGGAGCUCCCACCUCACUGACCAUCAAAGAAUUCAUACAGGGGAGAAACCCUUUCAGUGCAUGGAAUGUGGAAAGAGAUUCUGUUGGAGGACCGAUCUCAGUUCCCAUCAAAGAAUCCAUACAGGGGAUAAACCAUACAAUUGCUUGGAAUGUGGAAAGAGCUUCAGUCACAAUUCCUCUCUUACUUCCCAUCAAAGAAUUCAUAGGGGGAAGAAACCCUAUCAGUGCGUGGAAUGUGGAAAGAGAUUCUGUCGGAGCACCGAUCUCACUUUACAUCAAAGAAUUCAUACAGGGGAGAAACCCUAUCAGUGCGUGGAAUGUGGAAAGAGAUUCUGUCGGAGCACCGAUCUCACUUUACAUCAAAGAAUUCAUACAGGGGAGAAACCCUAUCAGUGUGUGGAAUGUGGAAAAAACUUCAGUACAAGCUCCAAUCUCACUUCCCAUCAAAGAAUUCAUACAGGGGAGAAACCCUAUCAGUGUGCGGAAUGUGGAAAGAGCUUUAGUACAAACUCCGAUCUCACUAAGCAUCAGAGAAUUCAUACAGGGGAUAAACCAUACACUUGCUUGGAAUGUGGAAAGAGCUUCAGUCACAACUCCUCUCUCACUUCCCAUCAAAGAAUUCAUACAGGGGAGAAACCAUAUAAUUGCUUGGAAUGUGGAAAAAGCUUCAGUAAGAGCUCCAAUCUCAUGACCCAUCAGAGAAUUCACAGAGGGGAUAAACCCUAUCAGUGCGUGGAAUGUGGAAAGAGCUUCAUUACAAGCUUCUGUCUCACUUCCCAUCAAAGAAUUCAUACAGGCGAGAAACCCUAUCAGUGCGUGGAAUGCGGAAAGAGCUUCAGCUGUAGCUCUGCUCUCAGUUGCCAUCAGAGAAUUCAUACAGGGGAGAAACCCUAUCAGUGUGUGGAAUGUGGAAAGAGCUUCAGGAAGAGCUCUGACCUCACUUCCCAUCAAAGAAUUCAUACAGGGGAGAAACCCUAUAAUUGUGUGGAAUGUGGAAGGAACUUCAGUACGAGCUCCUAUCUCGCUAAGCAUCAGAGAAUUCACAGAGGGGCAAAAUCCUAGCAGUGCAUGGAAUGUGGAAAUGCCUCAGUCACAGCCACAAUGUCACUUCCCAUCAAAGAAUUCAUAUGGGAGAAACCAUACAAUUGCUUCAGCUAUAGCUCCUCUCUCAGUUCUCAUGAAAGGAUUCAUGCAAAGGGCAGAUAAAAACAUCCAUGAUACAGCUUUAGGCUUCAUGGAAAAACAACACCUCUUUACCCAAGCCUUUGGCUGAUUGACAUCAAAUGGCCUUUUAAAAUGUGGUGUGUUGGGGGGGUUACGGUUUUUUUAAUUUUUUGUUUUGUUUUUUAUAUUAUGAUUUAAUUUUGAAACUGCCCUGAGGGUAUAGGGCAUAGGAGGCAACACUUAAAGGCUGAGAGGUCUUUGUUUCUGCCCAAAAUAUUUGAGGGGCCCCCCCCCAGUUGAUAGGCAUUGUCAUUCAAAUGGUGUGCAUACACCACACCAUGUGAUUGAU